AUGAGGAGUGUAGAAGACGUCGAGGAGUUGAUGCAGCAUAUACAAUCGAGGUUGCCGGUAGAAGAGGCAGCACGCACGAGCGUGUUGUCAAAGUCAUGGCUACACGCUUGGUCAACCAUCCCAACCCUCAGGUUUCAUGUCGACGAAACAAAGCAUUUAAACAUGGUGGACUGCACCCUGAGCAGGUAUCUCCGUGACAACAUACCGAUCGAAAGGUUAGAGCUUGAUGUGGACAUUAAUGACGUGGAGUCGUCUUCGCUUGCUGAAAAAUGGAUCCGGUCAGUAGUGGCAAGUAGUAGUCUGAAAGAACUUUCCCUCUCAGUCUCACUUACGGGCGCCUCGCUUACGUUGCCAGAUGAGAUACUCUCAGCCGCUAGAAACCUAACUAAGUUAAGGGUUACUUCAGCUUCUAGGCAGGGGGUCCAUUCUGUUUGGAUGAAGAGCAAUAGCAUCAUGAAUUGUGUCUGUGUGUCUCUACGAGAAGUUGUGUUGAGUGGUGUGCGCUUAAGUCAAGAGGUACUUGAUGCCAUAUUCUCGUCUUGCAGCUUUCUCGAGAAAAUAGAUAUUUAUCUUGAUAAGCAGGAGGAGGGCCGGGGUCGCAGCAUUAUCAAGAUCAAAAACCUUGCUCGUCUUCACGAAAUAAGAAUAUAUUCACAUGAUGGAGACUCGACUGAUUUGGAAAUCAGUGGUGUCCCAAAUCUUCGGUUGUUUAGAUGCAACUUGUUUUUUGGGCAGUUUGGACGACCGGACCCUCGUCCAUUCAGCGCGUAUUCAAUAUCAUUAGGAAGCAGCGUGACUGAAUUAUGGUUAGGGGGUCUCAUCACAGACGAGUCGUCUCUAGAGAUGAUCAAGUCGGGGUUUCCUUUUCUUGAGAGUUUGACCCUUGAUAUGAGAUGUUGGACAUUGGGAAUAUUCCAUUUCACAUGUGAGUCUCUCAAGACGUUGUCCCUUAUGUGGUCAUCCCCACGCAGGCAGAUCAUCGACAUACAAAUUUAUGCUCCAAAGUUACUUGAUUUCAUCUUCGUUGGCUACACAUUGCCUAGCUUCAAGUUUCCGAACUCUACUCUCCUUGUUCAAACCAAGUUUGUGCUCACACUCGACACACCCCUUGAUGCAUCCUUUUUUCUUAAGAUGAGGGAAGCACUCACGUUAUCGGCCAAGUGCCAUGUUAGUAUAACAAUUAAGAACUAUAAGCCAUCAUUGGAUAUCGACCUCGUUGAUCUAAGAACAAGGCUCCUGUUUCCCCCUGCUAACAACGUGCAACAACUGGAGUUUCAAAUGGUUGAGGCUGAGGAUGAAUGCCGCACCCCGUUUUUUGAUGCAUUUUUUGAAAUUUGCCAUCCCAAGCACGUAUUUGCAAAGCCAGAGGUGGCUUCUGGACACACCAACCACUUCUUUCAGCUCAUGCUCAGGGAGGUCUUGGAGAAGAAGAAGACAACCAGAAGAAACCCAACCCCGUAUUGGCCUAGUUACCUCAAACAUGUUCGAAUAAGACGUCAUCAUCGUUGGGAAACCCUCACAAAUUCCCACCGGACCUUUCUGGACGAGCCCACCGACUUCAAACUCAACUGGCGCUAA